AGGAAGGCGCGCACCCUCGCCUUUAACGCGGGCCGGGGGCGCGCGGCCCGCAUGGCGAACGAGCGGCGGCCGUGGCGGGCCGGGCCGGGCCGGGGCUGAGGCCGAGCCGAGCCGCGGGGCCGCGCAGCCCCGGCCGGCGCCCAUCAUGAGGCGGCUGCGGCGCCUGACGCACCUGGUGCUCCUCUGCCCCUUCUCCAAGGGCCUGCAGGGCCGGCUGCCAGGCCUCAGGGUCAAGUAUGUCUUGCUGGUCUGGCUGGGCAUCUUCGUGGGCAGCUGGAUGGUGUACCUGCACUACUCGUCCUACUCCGAGCUCUGCCGCGGCCACGUCUGCCAGGUGGUGAUCUGUGACCAGUAUCGCAAGGGCAUCAUCUCGGGCUCCAUCUGCCGGGACCUGUGUGAGCUGCACAAGGUGGAGUGGAGGACCUGUCUGUCCUCAGCCCCAGGCCAGCAGGUGUACAGCGGACUCUGGCAGGACAAGGAGGUGACCAUCAAGUGUGGCAUUGAGGAGGCCCUCAACUCCAAGGCCAGGUCUGAGGCAGCCCCCCGGCGGGAGCUGGUGCUGUUUGACAAGCCCACCCGGGGCACCUCCAUCAAGGAGUUCCGAGAGAUGACCCUCAGCUUCCUCAAGGCGAACCUGGGAGACCUGCCGUCCCUGCCAGCCCUAGUGGGCCAGGUCCUCCUCAUGGCUGAUUUCAACAAAGACAGCAGGGUGUCCCUGGCRGAGGCCAAAUCCGUGUGGGCCCUGCUGCAGCGCAACGAGUUCCUGCUGCUGCUGUCCCUGCAGGAGAAGGAGCACGCCUCGCGCCUGCUGGGCUGCUGUGGGGACCUCUACCUCACUGAGGGUGCUCCCCGCGGCUCCUGGCCAGCUGCGCUGCCACCCCUAUUGCGCCCACUGCUGCCCCCCGCGCUACACAGGGCCCUGCAGCAGUGGUUCGGGCCUGCGUGGCCCUGGCGUGCCAAGAUCGCCAUCGGCCUGCUCGAGUUUGUGGAAGACCUCUUCCACGGCUCCUACGGGACCUUCUACAUGUGUGAGACCACGCUGGCCAACGUUGGCCACACUGCCACCUACGACUUCAAGAUGGCCGACCUGCAGCAAGUGGCGCCUGAGGCCGCUGUUCGCCGCUUCCUGCAGGGCCGCCACUGCGAGCAGAGUGCCGACUGCACCUACGGGCGUGACUGCAGGGCCCCCUGCGACCGGCUCAUGAGGCAGUGCAAGGGCGACCUCAUCCAGCCCAACCUGGCCAAGGUGUGCGAGCUGCUGCGGGACUACCUGCUGCCUGGCGCGCCAGCUGACCUCCGGGAGGAGCUGGGCAAGCAGCUACGCACCUGCACCACACUGAGCGGGCUGGCCAGUCAGGUGGAGGCCCACCACUCGCUGGUGCUCAGCCACCUCAAGACCCUGCUCUGGAAGAAGAUCUCCAACACCAAGUACUCCUGACACUGAGGCCUGUCCACUGUCCCCUGGCCCUCCGCAGCACCUUGCACCUAGGCCACAGCUUCUGGAGCUGGCAGCACUUAGCUCUCCAGGGGUCCCAGCAAGAAGCACUCCUGGAUGCCCCACUGCAAAACUGUCCCCCCCUCCCCCAGGGCUCUGGGCUCUCUGGGUCCCAGAAACCCAGACAGAACAUCACUGCUCUAGCAGUAAAGGCCAGAGCUGAGGAGCACAGGAGGGCCUUGGCCUGAGGUCCAGGAGGCUUUCUGCUCUGAAU